GGCGCAGACUUUUAUUAAAAUCUUGAACAUUACACAUGAAGACAUUUUUUUCUCCCUAGGCAAAUCCUGUAGUCGUCGCUUGCUGUUUUAUUUUGAAAAUCAAACAGGAAAAUUGUGCAUGAAUUGACAGCAUCGCGCUACCGUCUCUCCCCCUGUGUGUGUGUGUGUGUGUGUGUGUGUGUGUGUGUGUGUGUGUGUGUGUGUGUGUGUGUGUGCCUACUCCCAUUUCUCUGUGUCUAUGCGUCGACGUCUCUGCUCCCUUCAGUCUGCUGCUGCUGCACAUCCACAGCGGAGCCACCACGCUGAGGAGGCGGAUCGACUGUAGCUACACCUCGGCCAGCGGUGCUGGGUCAUAGCGCCGGUGGAGGAGCGUGGAGGGGGUGGCACCACACUGUUCUCCUUGCCCUUCCUAAAUCGCGCACAAUCUCAAGCAUUGAAGGCAUCAUCACAUCAACGCGUCCUGGAAUAGUUUCGGGGUUUGGGGAUUUUUUUUUUUUUUUUUUCGCUCAGACGCACCAAGUUGCAGCUGCAGAGGCGCACUUUUCCCCGUGGCUCCUCUCUCCUUUUGGGCUCACAAUCCGACAUGGAAGAUGGUCCGACUUCCACAAGCUGUUUCAGAAGGUUAACGGACUGUUUCCUGGGUGCAAGCUUGACAGAUGAGAAAGUGAAGGCCUACCUCUCGCUGCACCCGCAGAUUCUGGAUGACUUUGUGUUGGAGAGUGUGAGUGCAGAGACGUUGGACAGAUGGCUGAAGAGGAAGACCAGCAGCAGGCCUGCAGAUGACACAUCCUCUAAAGAAGUCAGCAGGUACCAGGACACAAAUAUGCAGGGCGUGGUGUACGAACUCAACAGCUACAUAGAGCAGCGCCUGGACGCUGGAGGAGACAAUAAACUCCUGCUCUAUGAGUUGUGCAACAUCAUCAAAACAGCAACUAAAGCUGAUGGAUUUGCACUUUACUUCUUGGGAGAAUGCAACAAUAGUUUAUGUUUAUUCACUCCAACGGCGGCCAAGGAUGGCCCUCCAUCCCUCAUCCCCUCUGGCCCCAUCGCAUUUGGGACAACCAUUGCCGCUCAUGUUGCCAAGACUCGCAAAACACUGCUAGUAGAGGACGUCAUGGGGGAUGAGAGAUUCCCCGACGGCACAGGGCAGGACUCAGGGAUCCAUGUUCACUCUGUCCUGUGCCUCCCCAUCGUCACUGCCAUCGGGGACCUCAUUGCCAUCCUGGAGCUUCACCGGCACUGGGGCAAGGAGCCCUUCAACCUCAGCCACCAGGAGGUUGCUACAGCUAAUUUAGCAUGGGCAUCAGUUGCUAUUCAUCAAGUGCAGGUGUGCAGAGGCCUCGCCAAACAGACUGAGCUCAACGACUUCCUACUAGACGUGUCAAAAACAUACUUUGAUAACAUUGUGGCAAUAGAUUCUCUACUUGAACAUAUUAUGAUAUAUGCAAAAAACCUGGUGAAUGCAGACAGGUGUGCACUCUUCCAGGUAGAUCACAAUAACAAAGAACUAUACUCUGACCUGUUCGACAUUGGGGAAGAGAAAGAAGGCAAACCUGUCUUUAGGAAAACCAAAGAAAUUAGGUUUUCUAUAGACAAGGGAAUAGCUGGCCAAGUGGCUCGGACAGGGGAAGUCUUAAAUAUCCCAGAUGCCUAUGCAGACCCACGGUUCAACAGAGAGGUGGACCUGAAAACUGGCUACACCACGCGGAACAUUCUGUGCAUGCCCAUUGUGAGCAGGGGGACCGUUAUAGGUGUGGUGCAGAUGGUGAACAAGUUAAGCGGAAGUGCCUUCACUAAAACAGAUGAGAACAACUUUAAGAUGUUUGCUGUCUUUUGUGCUCUGGCCUUACACUGUGCAAAUAUGUACCACAGGAUCCGACACUCUGAAUGCAUUUAUAGAGUGACGAUGGAGAAACUGUCUUAUCACAGCAUCUGCACAUCAGAAGAAUGGAAGACCCUCACCCAGCUCAACCUCCCUGCACCUAUUUAUAAAGAGAUCGAAAUGUUCCACUUUGACAUCAGUCCCUUUGAGGAGAUCUGGCCUGCCAUUUUUAUCUACAUGGUUCAUAACUCCUGUGGAAAGACCAGCUUUGAGCUGGAGAAGCUGUGCCGGUUCACCAUGUCCGUCAAGAAGAACUACCGCCGUGUGCCCUACCACAACUGGAAGCACGCAGUGACGGUGGCACACUGUAUGUACGCCAUCCUACAGAAAACCUCUGGGAUCUUCACAGAGCUAGAGAAGAAGGGUUUGCUAAUAGCCUGUCUUUGCCAUGAUCUGGACCAUCGGGGGUAUAGCAAUGCCUACCUCCAGAAGUUUGACCAUCCACUGGCUGCUCUGUACUCAACCUCCACCAUGGAGCAGCACCACUUCUCUCAGACUGUUUCUAUCUUGCAGCUGGAAGGGCACAAUAUUUUCUCCAACCUGACUUCCAGCGAGUACGAGCAGGUGCUGGAGAUCAUUCGAAAGGCCAUCAUCGCCACAGAUCUCGCCCUCUACUUCAACAACCACCAGCAGCUGUCGGAGCUGCUGACCUCAUGUGCGCUGGAUUUGAACAACCAUUCCCACAGGGACCGUGUGAUUGGUCUGAUGAUGACAGCAUGUGACCUGUGUUCUGUUACCAAGCAGUGGCAAAUCACACGACUCACAGCCAACGACAUCUAUGCUGAGUUUUGGGCUGAGGGAGAUGAGAUGAAGAAGAUUGGGAUCCAGCCGAUCCCUAUGAUGGACAGAGACAAGAAGGACGAGGUUCCCCAAGGCCAAGUGGGAUUCUACAAUGCUGUUGCAGUUCCAUGUUACACAACACUUUCUGAGCUUUUUCCUCCAUCAGGUCCUCUGCUAAAGGCCUGCAAAGAGAACCUGGGCCAGUGGGAGAAAAUAGCAAGGGGAGAGGUGGAGGACAUCGUGCCCAGCCGGCCUUGUGAUUCAGGCCCUGUUAAGGUGGACAACUGACAGACAAAGGAGGGUUGCUUGCUCACCAAAGGAACACAGCCUGAAUCCUGCCGUGGACCCAGACCAUUGAAGGGGAAUGAACCCGCAAUCUGUGUUGGCAGGAGACGGAUUAGAUAAAGGCGACUUGACUUUCAAAACACACACACACAGUUACCUCAUCGGGUGACGGAGGUGUCAACACUGACGGUUUCACCGAUCCCAGAGAGUGACAGACAGUUGUUGGUGAGGGAAUUCAAUCCAUCGCCCUGCGUCCACUCAGCUUGGGAAUUCACUUGGUAGAACGGACUUGGUUGCUUUAUUUUGGCUGUAUUAUGUUAUUUUAUUAUUUUUCUUCAUACGAGCUGAUUCCAUUAUGGUCUUGUAUUUGCAGAGGCCUUAUUCUGAACCUUUCACAGGCUAGGAUAUGUGAAAUCUUGUUGUCAGUUCAGGCUUCUUCUUUUUUUUCUUUUUUUAAACGGUACUGUUUGCCUUCUGUGUUUGCCGUAUGCGCACUACUUCAGCAAGGUAUUCCCAGAGACAGAAGGAAUGUGUGGAGCAGAUGUAGGGGUGUAAUGCCAUCUCGUUGAGAAGGUGGACACUAGAUUUUAUUUUAUUACUUUUCAGCAAAAAUCCUUUGCAGUACUUGAAUAAAGACAUACAGCCUAUUCUACGAGGAGAUGGCAGAAAUCCCCUGCAGUGUAUGCUACAAGCGUGGAUGAACUGUGAUGAGUUACAUAAUGCCGACAUUUGUGAAUACAGUCACAAGAGAGUCACAAUGUUUCCUGAAGUGGACCCCGCAGCCUUUUUGCCCCAAGCAUGUAGAAACCUGCUGCACAGUACAUCAACAUCCUUCGGAUUAACAGGAUCUGACCCCAGAUCAGCACUCACUGUUUGUAGUACGGAGAUCAGGAAAAAGAAAUGAGCAAGGUUCCUGUUCCAGAUGUUUAUAUUAAGCCAAGACUGCAUACUGCUUAAUUUCCUCUCUCAUUUUUGAAGCCACUAUCACAUCAUCAAUUACUUUGCACAACAAGUUAACUAAAGAAUGAUUGUAGGAAGUGGACUGCAUAGUUUGGGAUGUUUUGUCUUUUUUUUAAAAAUAAGCAAGUUUUAUAGAGGCUGAAGUUAACGGCAAACAGUCAUCUGCUUCAUAUUUUCCCAUAAUGUCAAACCUGUUAAGCUAAAGUGAAAUAUGUCCAUCUCUGGGAUUGCAAGUCAAGAAUGUAGUUUGACCGUUUGCCGGUGUGUGACUGAAGUUUCCCUUGAAGGAAAUCAAUCAUCCUCUUUUACACUGAUUCUCCAACUUCAUGCUGGGGGU